AUGGCGAUCAAAAACAGAUCACAACGUCGUCGUCGCCGGCAUCGUCAGCUUAUAGCAUAUAACAGACUCGUGGAUCGCGAAAAUCCAUUAGAAAAUUUGUGUGAAGUAAAGGUGUUUAAGAGGUACCGAUUUAGGCCUGAUACAGUUCUUUACAUCACUGGUUUGCUCGCCCCUUCUCUUACACGCGAAACUCUGAGGAGUUGCGCUCUACCACCCCUUCUUCAAGUCCUCGUAACACUGAGGUUUUUAGCGACUGGUGGGUUUUACUCGCUUAUUUCGGACACCUUUGCCUCUCUUUCCCCACCUUCCAUAUGCAGAGCAGUGAGAGACGUGUGCCGUGGUUUGUGCUGGGUGGCAAGACAAUUUAUCAACAUGCCGACAGGUCCAAGAAUGGUACAAGUGAAACAAGAAUUUUUUGCCAUUGCAGGUUUCCCAAAUGUUCUGGGAUGUGUUGAUGGGACCUUCAUCAAGCUGCAAGCACCAUCACAGAAUGAACCAGACUAUGUGAAUAGGAAAGGAUAUCAUUCUCUUAAUGUGCAGAUGCUAUGUGAUGCUAAGUAUAGGAUCCUAAACUGUGUUGCGAAAUGGCCAGGAAGUGUGCACGACAGUAGAAUAUUUACAGACAGUCGUAUCUCUGUUGCCUUUGAAAAUGGACAAUACAAAGGUUUCCUUCUUGGUGACUCGGGAUACCCCUGCAAGCCCCAUCUUAUGACGCCAUUUCCUGUUCCCUCUACUCCAGCAGAAGUCAAAUUCAACAACUGCCAUGCUAAAACAAGAGUUCUCAUUGAACAGACUUUCGGAAUUCUUAAGAAACGAUUUUCAUGUUUGUCCACUGGCCUACGCACAACUCCAGACAAGGCAUGCAGUAUCACUUUGGCCUGUCCAGUCUUGCACAACAUUGGUAUUGAAGGAAAUGAUAUCUUAGAUGUAGACGAAUUAUUUGUAAACCAGGAGGAUGUUAGUUUUGAUGUUGGGGACCAAAGAGAUGGCAAUCAUGUUAGGGAUUAUAUUUGUCAGGCAUUUUUUUUCUUGAAAUAA